AAUUACAACAACAGCUGCUUGUAUGAUGGACCUACGGAGAUAUCCGCUGGAUGAGCAGAACUGCACGCUAGAGAUUGAAAGCUAUGGCUAUACAACAGAUGACAUUGAAUUUUACUGGCGUGGGGGUGAUAACGCAGUCACAGGAGUGACAAAGAUCGAACUGCCACAGUUCUCCAUUGUAGACUACAAGCUUAUCACCAAGAAUGUUGUUUUCUCUACAGGUGCCUACCCAAGGCUGUCUCUGAGCUUUAAACUUAAGAGAAACAUUGGUUACUUCAUUCUGCAGACCUACAUGCCUUCUAUUCUGAUCACUAUCCUGUCCUGGGUUUCCUUCUGGAUUAAUUAUGAUGCUUCAGCUGCAAGAGUUGCUUUAGGAAUCACAACUGUGCUCACAAUGACAACAAUUAACACCCAUCUUCGAGAGACUCUUCCCAAAAUUCCAUAUGUGAAAGCCAUUGACAUGUACCUUAUGGGGUGUUUUGUCUUCGUUUUCAUGGCUCUGCUGGAGUAUGCAUUGGUCAACUACAUCUUCUUUGGCAGGGGACCUCAGCGCCAAAAGAAAGCUGCAGAAAAAGCUGCCAGUGCCAACAAUGAGAAGUUGCGAAUGGAUGUCAAUAAGGACAGAAGAAUAAUUGGCACAUAUCAUUGUCCAGAAAUGUAUUCAACAAAGAUGGAUCCACAUGAAAAUAUUUUGUUGAGCACACUUGAAAUUAAAAAUGAGAUGGCUGCCUCCGAGGCGGUGAUGGGGCUUGGGGACCCUAGAAGCACUAUGCUGGCGUAUGACACUUCAAGCAUCCAGUACCGGAAAGCUGGCUUACCCAGACACAGCUUUGGUCGCAAUGCCCUGGAGCGACAUGUGGCACAGAAGAAAAGUAGGCUACGGAGACGUGCAUCUCAACUGAAAAUUACCAUCCCUGACUUGACUGAUGUAAAUGCCAUAGAUCGAUGGUCGCGCAUAUUCUUCCCUGUUGUUUUUUCCUUCUUCAAUAUUGUCUAUUGGCUUUACUAUGUGAACUAAGAAACAAAGCCACACAGGAAGCAAGAACUGGAUUUCUCUUCAAAUCGGUUGUACAGCCAAAAGUGGGACUUAGAAAAAUUCUAUUCAGGAAAAAAAGUUAUUUUAAAACACCUUAGUUGCUGGCCCACUCUAUGGUCUGUUUUUAUAAUGUUUUGCUUGUAUCUGCUAAAUCACAAAUACGUUAGGUUGCAGUAUGGACAUAUCCCCUUAUCAAAAUAUAAGUGCAUUGUGAGUAUGAAGGCAGAUUGGAUUUUGACAAUCACUUCUGUCUCAUUGUCCCUCACUCUUGGGUUUUUUUCCUUCUUUUUUUUUUUUAUGGCCAUUUGAGUUUAGAGAUAAAAAUUAUAGAGCGGCAUUUGAGAAACAAGUUCUGGUUUUGACAGAAGUACAUACCAUUCCCUGGAAAACUGCAUAUCCGAGUCAUGCAUCUACACUUAAGAGAGUGUACUAAGUUGUUAUCAUGCUUACAAAAAACAUAUACACUUUACCUUUUAAAUGUGUAAACUUGAAAACAAGUAGUGCCUAUCAUCUUUCCAAGAUGAUGAUGGUCAGAGGUUUCCCAACCAUAUUCAGGUAUUUCCUGAUAUUUAUUGAAAGAACCAAACCUUUGACUGGUAAUAUUAGGG